AACGCGCGUCACGUCGCGCUCCUAUCCAGGAAGUAAACUAUCCGGUUCGGUCUUGAGUCUGCGGAAUAGAGAAAGAAAACACAGCAGCUGAUACGUGUCCAACUCAACGGUUCAGCGAGCUUCCUCGAAGACUUCUGAAGGGACAACGUGUCCUGGACCCGGACCCGGACCGUGUGCGUCCCGUGCCCCCCUCACAGACCCGGACAGGCUGACAGCUGUGUGCAGAGAAGGUACUCGGUCAGCUGUGUGUGUUGCUAGCUAGCCCUGUGUGUCAGACGUGAGACGGGCAGCGAACACACUGCUUCCCCGCUGUCCUCCGGCUCUGUGGAACCUGCUGGCUGAGAGGAAGCAGCGUGAAGCGGGUGUUUUCAGUGUCAUAUGUCAGCGGCUCUCGGUAACGUGUCCGCUGACAAUGCGGAUGUGCAGUGGACUGCUGGUCAUUCACCAGAUCACAGAUCCUCCUGUCGAGCGAUACAUGCCAUGUAGAUCUGUAUCAUAUCCAUAAUGUAAAUAAGAAAUUCUCAAUAUACAAAAUAAUGAAACGGACCUGAUAAGUUGUUUAUAACUUAAUGUUUAUUUUUGGUUCAACAGGGUACUGCGCUGCAAUACCUGUAAUAGUAGUAACAACAACAACAACUGUAUUUUAAUUUCAAAAUUCCAAUAUGUGUGUCACUUUUCAAAGAGAGGUUUACAGUGUGCUUAAAUGAAACUAAUAAAAUCAAUAAACACAAACAAUAGCAAAAGGGUCUGGUAGAUAGGAAAACAACUAAAUGUUAGCAGUGCAUAACGUGACAACUGUGUCUAUUUUUUUUAAAAGUUAGUAAAAAGUCACAGCAGAUCAAAGUUGUAUUUUCUUGUUUUAGAGACAAUUAUAUGUCACAGUUUUUUGACAUAAAGCUAAAUAUCUAAAUGUUGUGUGUGUUUAAAUAUCUUUGGAAAGAACCUGUAUUCACUCGUUUAAUUUUUGCAGCCUAUCAAACUGUCGUUACUUUAAGCAGAACGUUUUUCUGUGUUUAUACACCACCAGAUUUGAAUAAUUGUACGUCCCCAAAUCUCCAAAGUUCAGCACAGAGCUGAAACCAAAUGAAUGAAUUAGUCGCUAAUAAAAUCUAUGUUAAUAGAUAAUUAUAAUUAUAAGAUCAGUUAUUGUAAGAUAAAUCAUUAUAAAUAUUUGAAGUGAAAUUCUAUCAUGCCUUAAGGACAUUAUUUUAGCAGCUGAACCAGUUACGUUGUAAAUAGGCCUCCUAGGUAAUGCUUUAAUAAAACUCUGUAGUUGGUCCAAAGUAAACGCAGUGAACGUGUCCACACCCAUCUGCAUGCGGCCUAUCAAGUACAGAGAUUGUUCAGCUUUUAUUUGGUUUCUUUCCCACUGGCUACUGAACUUGUGACAACACUGGUGUUAGAUUAGAUUACAUUAGAACACUUUAUUAAUCCCCAGUGGGGAAACUCAUUUGCCACCAAUAACUCAUACAGUCCACAGUACACAACACAGUACACAACAGACAGAAACACAUUACAAAGGAUAAAUAACACCAGACAAUGCCAUAUAAAACAUGAUCGACAUCAGAAAGAUAAAAACCUCUAAAGGUGUUCAUUAAAAAAAUCGGACUGCUGCUGGAACGAAAGACCUUCUUAUUCGUUCAGUAGAACACUGAGGCAUCCUGAGUCUCUCACUAAAUGAGCUUUGGAGUCCAUUGAAGACGCCGUGUAGUGGAUGGCCUUCAAACAAGACAAUCGUUUUUAACUUGGCCCUUGUUCGCUUUUCAACAGUGAUUUCCAGUGAGUCUGGGGUAAGGCCAAUCACUGAGCCAGCCUUUCUGAUCAUCUUAUUGAUCCUGUUUUUAUCAUCCACAGUGAUUUCCCCCCCCCUCCCAGCAGAGCACAGCAUAAAAAAGAACACUAGCCAAGAUCCCCUGAUAGAAAACAUGAAGAAGCUUCCUGCUGAUGUCAAAUGAUCUAAGCUUCCUCAGGAAGAAGAGUCUUGACUGAGCCUUUUUAAAAACAGCAUCAGUGUUCUUCUUCCAGUUUAAUUUACUGUCCAGAUAGACCCCGAGAUAUUUAUACAACUGGACAAUUUCUAUCUGCUGACCUGCAAUUGUCACUGGGGAGACCUCCUUCUUCCUUCUAAAAUCAAUAACCAACUCUUUGGUCUUUCUAAUAUUUAGUUUUAAAAAAGUUUCAUAACACCAGCUGACGAUUCAACCUCCCGUUUGUAGGCCAGGUCGUUGCCUCUGUUAAGUAGACCAACCAGAGCAGUGUCAUCUGAGAACUUCUGGAUGUUACAGGGCACAUGGCUCUGCCUGUAGUCAGCUGUAUAAAGUGAGAAUAAAAAGGGGGAUAAAACUGUUCCCUGUGGUGCUCCAGUUUUAGUUAAGAUAGUGUCAGACCAUUUUUUAUCAAGCCUGACAAACUGUGGUCGAGAAAGAAGGUAAUCCAAAACCCAAGCAACAGUUGUAUUGUGCAGUUACCGUAAUGUAAAUGAAAAUGCACAGUAUUUACAGUGUUUUUUUACUCUGUCAUCUCUUUACAAUGUCGGCAGGUAAACUGCAACACAAGGUACAUCAAGACAAUGUAAAAAAAGAAAACGGGGACAAAAUGUAACAUGUUACCGUUUGUAUUAACGGAGAAUAUCAUGUUUUCAGCCUGUUUCCAGUCUUUUAGACAUGAUGGGCACACAUUUUACACAUUGUUGCAUGUGAAGGGAUGCUGUGAAUACAACAUCAGUGUGUCUCAAUGUAUGCAUGCCCGCGGUGACAAUUCUGCCUCACACACACACACACACACACACAAACAGUUUUAGUGUUGCAGCAUUUGUAAUGACUGAUUUAAAAAUGUUUUUCCUAAUAUUCUUUUUGACUUGCUCCCAGCCCACACACACACACACGCACACACAGAUCCACAAACACUUUAGACGAUGGUGGACUCAACGUUUGCUCAAGUGGGCAAGAAUCUGAGUGAAGCCAUGAGAAUCCUGGGAGACGGACAGAGAGAGCCAGAGACGGGACCAGAGAAGUGGCGCUUCAGCAGAAGCAGCAUCCCUGGACCCCUGCAGGGAGACGGUCAGGAUGUUGCCACUAUACUGCACCUGGUUCACAACCUCAUUCAUGAUGAGGAAGAGGAGGAGGACAUGCCCAGUCAACAUAGGAUGCAGCAUGUGGGUGAACAGGGUCACAUGGCCCUGCUGGGUCACAGCCUGGCCGCCUACAUCUCCGUGUUGGACAGAGAGCGACUGAGGAAGCUGACCACUCGGAUCCUGUCUGACACCACAUUGUGGCUCUGCAGACUGUUCAGGUAUGAGAACGGUUCAGCCUACUUCCAUGAGGAUGACCGGGACGGCCUAGUCAAAGUGUGCCGGCUGGUCAUUAACGCCCGUUAUGAGGAAUAUGCCUCUGAGGGCUAUUCAGUCCUCUGCUCCAGACAGCCCGUCAUCUACCAGAGCGCCUCCGGCAGGUCUGGACUGGGGCAGCAUCUGUGCAGCCAGCUCGGCCUGCCUCUCUCUAGUCUGUGUACAGUCCCAUGCAACACCAUCUUUGGAUCCCAGCACCAAAUGGAUGUUGCCCUGUUGGACAAACUAAUCAAGGAGGACAUAGAAACCGGAAAGCUUCCGUUGCUGUUGAUCGCCAACGCAGGUACCCCUGGGGCAGGACAUACAGACAAGUUGGCUCGUCUGAAGGACCUGUGUGAUCAGUACAACAUGUGGCUCCAUGUGGAGGGGGUCAACCUGGCAACCCUGGCACUGGGUCAGGUCACCUCUGCUAUCAUGGCAGCCAGCAGGAGUGACAGUAUGACACUGACACCAGGUCAGUGGUUGGGACUCCCUGCUGUUACUGCUGUCACCCUCUACAGACAUGAAGACCCUGCACUGUCUCUGGCAGCAGGUUUGACCUCCAGCCAGCCCGUGGCCAAGCUGCGAGCGCUGCCUCUGUGGCUCUCGCUGCAGUACCUCGGUCACAGUGGAAUCGUCCAGAAGAUCAGACAUGCUACCGCUCUGAGCCAGCAACUCCUGCAGAAACUAAAAGCUCUGGCCUCCAUCAAAACAUCGGGUGUGGUGUCACCGAUCAUCUCCGGGGCUUCACUCCGGGACGUUCUGGGCUCUCUCAUGCUCUCUAUUGUAGGUGGGACCAAGCCUCUGCCUGUCUCCCCUACUCCCCCUUCCCCUUUGUCCUCCCUUCUCGUCCUCUUCUUUCUUCCUGUCACUCCUGACCAUUUUCCUUCACUCACAUCAGCUCAGCGGUAUUUGGGUCUCCAUUGGCUGAUGGACUGUUCACUUCUUCCUAAUUGUUUAGGAUGUGGACCACUCAAGCAUGUUCUUUGAGGUACUUCAGGGAAUGCCUCUCCCCAGUCAUUAUGUUUUGUUGCCUUUGGAAGAAAUACAAGGGUCAUAAAUAAUUAAUAAUGGGUCAUGUGCUGUUGCAUUUCAUUACUUCCUUUUGUUUAAAAUCCAAAUACCUCUUGGUGAUGCCCCCUGUUAAAAUGCUUUCCACAGCAGCAGAGUGGAAGGUUUUUAGGACUCCCAAAUGCCCUGAACACAGCUGACAUUAACAUGUAUCUUAGAGUAUGUUACUGGAGCUGGUGACCACUUGUGAUCAGAUCUCACUUCCCAGCUCUGUAUUCAAACAAACAUUUACAUCAUUUCCGCUUGCAAAGACUAAAUACAUUGUUGUUUAGCCUGCUGGGUUAAACGAGCUAACCAGCGUGAGGCAACAAUGCACUUUGCAUGUGAUACGCCAGUAAAGCCGAAGAAGAUGAAGAAGAAAUGCACUUCCUGUGCCAAGUCUGCCGAGAAAGAUAAAGAAGAAAUCAAGACAAUACACACCUGGUCCAUUGCUUGGCUGUUGAGUAGGCGGUCUUUACCAGGACACAUUCACUUACAGUGCUAAAAAAAAAUGUGGCGACCUCGGAAUGUGGUCUGAGUGAUUGGAUCUCAAUGUGUCCUCACAUGCGUCUUUGGUGCAUUCACACCUGUACUUUAAGCUGUCACCUGAGACGCAUGUUAUUGCCAGGUAUGAACAGGGUCGGACAGACUUUGAUUUUCUUAAGCUAAUAUGUGAACAUGUCAGAUUAUGUGUGAGGGGGACUCCCAGGUACCUUAAGGUGCUCGCCCUUGUGUCCUAGGGUGUUGGGGUGUGGAGCUCUUCUGCUGCUUUCUCCUAAAAGCCACAACUAGUUCCUUGGUUUUGCUGACGUUCAGUAGGUGGUUGUUGGCCUGGCACCAUAGUGUUAGCUACUUCUUCCAGGUAGGCCUUAUUGUUGUUGUGGACACGACUGUGUCAUCAGCAUACAUGAUGAUGAAGUUGGAGCUGUUUCUGACCACAUGCGUGUAACUUGAGUACAGCAGGGAGCUGAGUACACAACCUUGGGGGACACCAAUG